AGCAGAAACGGAACUAGAUUUUACCGUCUAACAACAAAAUAGCAGUUUUAGGUCAAUGUUACUGUGAGUGACAAGUGAGUACCUGUUAGUGUCACACACGUUACUAAAAGACCACAACCAGUUCCUGGAGUAUUCAGCUUAUUUACAUGUGACCAAGAAGACAACUGAGAAAAACCAAACCUCAGAGAUCUACAUACCGACUGGGGAGGAACCAAUGGAGUUUGAUGAAGUUGCAGUUUAUUUCACGGAGGAGGAGUGGGGCUGUUUAACUGAAGAACAAAAAGAGCUUUAUAAGGAUGUGAUGAUGGAGAAUUACCAGACCCUCAGGUCUCUAGGAUAUGUCCCUGAGAGACCUUUACUUGUUACACAGAUUGAGCAUAGAGAGGAGCCGUACGUGAGCAGUUUUCCUAAUACCAGAGGUGAAUUCGCAAACAGCAGUGAUCCUCAUGGCCCGGCUCCAAAUGCUUCUUCCAGUCUUCUCCAAAAUCAAAGAAACCACAUAGGAAAUGUAUGUUCUGAACGUGGGAAAUGUUUCACAGAGAAAUCACAUCUUUUUCACCAAAUAAAAAUUUACACAGGAGAUAAAUCAUUUUCAUGUUCUGACUGUGGAAAAUGUUUUACUCAGAAAUUAGAUCUUACUGCGCAUCAGAUAAUUCAUACAGGAGAGAGCGCAUUUUCAUGUUCUGACUGUGGAAAAUGUUUUACUCAGAAAUUAGAUCUUACUGCGCAUCAGAUAAUUCAUACAGGAGAGAAAGCUUUUUCAUGUUCUGACUGUGAGAAAUGUUUUACUACAAAAGCGGUUCUUAUUAGGCAUCACAAAAUUCACACUGGAGAAAAGCCAUUUUCGUGUUCUGUCUGUGGGAAAUGUUUUGCUCGGAAAUCCAUUCUUAUUAAGCAUCACAAAAUUCACACAGGAGAAAAAGCAUUUUCAUGUUCUGACUGUGGGAAAUGUUUUACUCAUAAAUCAUAUCUUAUUAGGCAUCAGAAUAUUCACACAGGAGAAAAAGCAUUUUCAUGUUCUGAAUGUGGGAAAUGUUUUACUCAGAAAUCAACUCUUACUGCGCAUCAGAUAAUUCAUACAGGAGAGAGCGCAUUUUCAUGUUAUGACUGUGGGAAAUGUUUUACUCGGAAAUCAUAUCUUAUUAGGCAUCAGAAAAUUCACAAGGGAGAAAAACCAUUUUCAUGUUCCGACUGUGGGAAAUGUUUUAAUAGUAAAUCAUAUCUUAUUAGGCAUCACAAAAUUCACACAGGAGAAAAAGCAUUUUCAUGUUCUGACUGUGGGAAAUGUUUUAUUUGCAAAUCAGAUCUUAUUAUGCAUCACAAAACUCAUACAGGAGAGAAAGCAUUUUCAUGUUCUGAAUGUGGGAAAUGCUUUACUCAGAAAUCACAUCUUAUUAGGCAUCACAGAGUUCACACAGGGGAAAAGCCAUUUUCAUGUUCUAACUGUGGGAAAUGUUUUACUCAGAAAGCAUCUCUUAUUGCACACCAGAAAAGUAAGCAUUUUCAUGUUCUGACUGUCGGAAGUGUUUUACUCUGAUAUCACAUCUUAUC